AUGGCACCAAAGAGGAUUAUCAGGACCACUUUGGAUCCAAACGCAUGGGAGGGCUUGUGUCCGGCCCUUCCAGCGUUUAAACGGCCCUUGUAUGUCGCAACUCCAUGCAUUGGCAUCGAUGGGUGCGGCACUGCCUUGGACGCGCUUGGCGUCAGGUAUCAGGCAAACAAUGUCUAUGACUUAGAGCACCGGUACCAGGCCUACCUCACACAGCACCUAGGUGGAAAUGUGCAGUUGCACCUGGGCAAGAAGGAUGGCGACCUUUGUCAGCUUCAACUCUCUGAUGUCGAGAGGCCUGUCGACUUGCUUGUGAGUGGACCACCAUGUCCACCCUGGGCAGGCCAAGGAAAUCACAAGGGCCAGCAUGACCACCGAGCUGAUGUGUUCAUCGUUGUGAUGAAGGUUUGCAUUGCCUUAAUCAAGGUCGGGGAUUUGCAUGCCUGCUGCAUAGAGAACGUCAAAGGAAUCUUGGCCAAAAUCAAGGGUUCCACCUGUUCCUUCAUGGACCAAAUCUUGCACAUCCUCCGACAGGAGUGUGCUGAGUUCCAGUGGGGAGUUCACACCUUGCAGGAGUUCCUCAGCCCAGAUUUGCCCAACUGCAAGUUGGAGACAUUGACUGAGGUCAUGCAAAAAAACCUCAAAGAUGCACAGGCUCAUUUGAAGGCAAUGCUUCAAGAUGGCCACUUGGACGCAGCAGACCUGGUCGUCUUCCCUCUCGACCGCGCAGAUGGAAAGGCGUACAAGAGGAGCUACACCACCAAUUUGGUGGUGGGAUCCUUGCUGGACCAAGCAGUGGCUGACGCCUGCCACAACUUCGAGGUGUACAUGGACGAGCGCUCUCAAGGAUGUUCUGGAGGCUCGCCCCAGACAAAGGCCAUGAAACGACCAGCGGCCAAAGCCAAGGCCGCCAAGAAAGCGCCAAAGAAGAAACCAGCCAAAGGAAGCAGCAAAACGGUGAAGAAAGCGUCCAAGAAGAAAACACCGAUUCAGCGCCGCCAGUACUACAAGUACCGGUUUUUGUCAUCGUCUUCCUCGUGA